CAACCAGAUAAAAGGAGAAGUGGUCUGUGUGCCUUGAAACAGACUUGGGCCGAAGAGAAGACGCACAUCCUUUGCAGGUUUCCUCAAGAGGAGGCAGAAAAAUCUUGAGGCUAACAGGAGAUUCCUCUGAUUUCCACAGCCUUGGGAAGUGGAAGCGGGAGAGCAGCUUGACCUGAGCCAUGGCGGGAACAGACAACACGAUUGACAUCCCGGCCCUGGGCCGCCCGUUCCAGCUGGGAAUGCUGUACGACUGCCGCAAAGACUCCCUGAUCCCAGGAAUCACCCUUUGGGACCAAGACUCCCUUCAGAAGGACCUGGAUAUCAAACCUCAGCCCAAGACGGAAUCUGAGAUCAUUGCUUCCGACUCCAUCGAUGAUAAGGCUUCUGCCCUCAACGUCUCAGCAUCGCUCAAGGCCAGCUUUUUGGGGGGAUUGGUGAAAGUGGAAGGGUCAGCUAAGUACCUUCAAGACACCAAGCAGUCCAAGCAACAGGCCAGAGUCACUCUGCAGUACAAAGCUACCACCAAGUAUUCACAGCUGACCAUGAGCCAUUUGGGAAUCCAAAAUGUCUCUUACCCGGCAGUUUUCGACCAUGGCACAGCCACCCACGUUGUCACUGCCAUCUUGUAUGGAGCCCAGGCUUUCUUUGUGUUUGACCGAAAUGUCUCUUCUUCCGAGUCUGUGCAAGACAUACAAGGAAGUCUCAAAGUUAUGAUAAAGAAGAUGGUCACUAUUGAAGGCGAGGCAGCCAUCCACAUGAACGACCAGGAAAGAAACCAUGCAAAUCAGUUCAACUGCAAGUUCUAUGGAGAUUUUUCUCUGGAGAGUAACCCAGUAACUUUUCAAGAUGCUAUGAAAGUCUACACUUCUCUGCCCAAAAUGCUGGGUGCCAAUGGGGACAAGGCUGUGCCUGUCAGAGUUUGGCUAUACCCACUGACCAAGCUGGAUUCCAAAGCAGCUAAGAUGGUGCGCGAGAUCAGCUUAACACUCAUCUAUGAUGCCCAAACCGUCAUGGAGCAGCUGAGCGAAAUCGAUAUGAGAUGCAAUGAUCUGGCUACCAAUCCCAUUGCUACCACCUUCCCAGAAAUAAAGUUGAAAAUCAAGAGAUUCCAGGAUUUCUGCAAACAACACAGGCAGACUUUCCAGCAAGAUCUGGCAGGAAUCUUGCCUUUGAUCCGGGGAGGGGGGAAAGAGGAAAGAGUUCUGGUGGACAUCUUAUCAUCCAUAAAUCAAUCACCCUUCAAUAGCCAAAGACUCAAUGAAUUUUUGGACACCAAGGAACGAGAGAUAAACAUGGUCAAGUCUUACCUUGAUAUCCUGAGUGGGAUAGAAACCAUCUCCUCCCAAAAUAAACUGGAAGAGGUAGUGCUUAAUCACCAGAAUGAAUUUGUUGUCUCAUUUACAUUCACCUCUUUACACGAUGAGGAACCAUUUUUAACCAGCUUACAACACUUUCUUCAGAAACGAUCAGCAGAUUCUACAGGAGUCCAGAAUGCACCGGAGGACUGGAAUGCUUGGUUUCAGGAAAAAGACAGACAGAGAAAUGCCCGGAAAGCUGCCAAGUCCAUUGUUGAUUUUGCCCGAGUCAAUGAAUCCAAUGGGAAGACCCGGUUCCUUGUGGCUUCUGUCCCAGAUCAGGACAACCCAGGAGCUUCCAUUUACCUCUAUGAAGAUGGGGAGAUGGUAAACAGCAACUUUGAGCUGCCCUCAAAACCUCUCCCUCCACUGAUUGGCCGAAUUGGACAUGACCAUGUGCAGCUGACAUUUCAACCAGCUGAGUAUGGGAGGGCUGCAAUCUCUAGCUAUCAAGUAGAGUACAAGAUUGCAGGCGAAGAAAAUUGGAAGAUUGUGAAUACAGAUGACAGUCAAGAGACAUUCCAAGUGAAAGGGUUGAGGCCAGACUCAGAAUACCAGUUUCGAUACACUGCUAGGAGCAAACCAGGACUUAGUGAGACUAGUGAUGCGAGUAGAUCUGUAAAGACACUUCCUACCAGCCCUCCUGGGAAACCAGGAGAGAGAACCGUAGAGUCUUCCAAAAUCAGUAUUGUCUGGGAGACCCCAAAGGUCAUUGGCGCCGAUAUCAAGGAGUACAAAGUGGAGUACAGGGGACUGGUGGGCGAUAAGGAGAGAUGGAAUGAAAAAAGAACAGGGACAAGAACAGAGUCCUGUCAGCUGGAUGGGCUGAAGCCUCACAGAACCUACAGACUCAGAGUCUCAGCUGUAUGUUUUGAUGGGGUUGAGAGUGAGCCCAGUGAAGAGACUGAGAUUUCCACAGCAAUGGAAGAAGAAGAAGAAGGGGCAAAUAUACUAGCUCGAAAAUACCUCAAGGAAAGCACCCUGGUGGAAGAUGGGCAACCAUCAGUCUAUGUCCUUCCCCUGGAGGCAACCUCAGAUCCAUCGGCCCCUGUCAAAACGUAUCAGCUAGGAAAAGAGAACAUGCAGGUCCCCAACAAAGUAAUUGUGAUGAUGGGGGCCACAGGGUCAGGGAAAACCACUCUCGUCAAUGCCAUGAUCAAUCAUAUCCUGGGUGUGCAAUGGGAAGAUGAUUUCCGAUUCAAACUCAUUCAUGCUGAAAGUCAGUCCUCAGAAGUGACCGCCUACGUAGUGCACCACCAAAAGGGUUUUGAAGUCCCUUAUUCUCUCACUUUCAUUGACACUCCAGGAUUUGGAGACACCGGAGGUAGGAAGCAGUACAAACGGAUAACAAAGCAGAUCCGGGAGUUUUUCUCCACCCCAGGAGGAACUGAUCAUGUAGAUGUCAUCUGCAUUGUACUUCAGGCCUCCAGUGCUGCCUUAAGUCGUGCCCAGAAAUACCUCUUUGACUCUGUGCUCUCCAUUUUUGGGAAAGAUAUAAGGAACAACAUCCAGAUCCUGAUCACCUUUGCAGAUGGACCUUCUCUUCCUGUUUUGGAAGCCAUGAAGAAGGAGGAGUUGCCAUGCAUUAAAGAUUCCAAUGGUAGCCCAGUUCACUUCAAAUUCAACAAUUCAGCUGUGUUUGCCAACAAUUCUGAAGAGAAUGAAGGGAACCUAAAUCCUAAUGACAAGUUCUGGAAAAUGGGCACUGCAAGCAUGAAGACAUUUUUUGACACGUUAAGCUUACUGGACAGUGAAAGUUUAACUCUGACCAAGGAAGUGCUCAGGGAACGGAAGGAGCUAGAAGCCAUCACGGAAGGGUUGCAGCCCCAAAUCAGAGCUGCCCUUGGAAAGCUGGAAGAGUUGAGGAAGACAAGACAAGCGCUGGAUGAGCACAAAUCUGACAUGGCAGCCAACAUCAACUUUGAGUUUGAAGUUGAGAAAUCUGUGCCAGGGAAGGAAGACAUCUCUGCUGCUGGAAGAUUCACAACCAAUUGCAUGAACUGUCACUACACCUGCCAUUAUCCUUGCCCGAUCCGGAGAGAUGAGGGCAAGCGCCGUUGUGUAGCUAUCAAUGCAAAUACGGGGAAAUGCAAUGUCUGUCCUGGCCGGUGUGUGUGGAACAUGCACUUCAGUCAGAAAUACCUGUUUGAAUAUAAAGUAACAAAAGAGAUUAAGUCCUAUGAUGAGUUGAAAGGAAAGUAUGAAGACGGCUCUGGAGAGGCGAUGACCCCAGAGAAGGUGCUUGGAAAUCUCAACCAGGAAUACGAAGAGGCUCAGCAAGCCUUAGAAGACCUUAUCCAGAAAUCAUCUCAAAGCCUUCAGCGCUUGCAUCAAAUUGGGUUGAAGCCCAACCCGCUCUCCACCCAAGAAUACAUUGACCUGCUCAUCAUUUCAGAAGAGCAGGAUCUGAAGCCUGGCUACCAGGAGAGAAUCCAGUUGCUGAAGGAAGUGAGGGAAUCGGCUCUAAACAAGGAGUGCCCUCUGCCAGUGGAUCAAGAUCUGUAUGACCCAACUGAACAAGAAAAGUCCUCCUCCCUGAGGGCCAGAUUUAGGAAGUUUGUUUGCUUCUGAUGCCCAUCUGCAUCCGGGCAUCUGGCAGCUGUUACUAAGUGUUUUAAAUAAGGGAAUAUUGUUGCACACAUCCUCUGAUUGCUUUUGGCUAUCAGUAGUGAUUUUAAGUUAUAGGGCUGUUAAUUAGACCAGAGUUGG